UGAGAAACAAGAGCUGUGUGACUGACAUCAAGAGCUGAUCUUUGUGAAUAAAACAAUGUGGACUUUGAUUCUUCUGAUUUGUUCCAUUCCCGUUUCAGGUGCUUUAUGGGCAGAGACAUCCUUGACGGGAAUUUUGGGAAGAGCGAUCAUAAUACAUUGCCACUAUGAAGCACAGUGGUACCAGUCACACAUUAAAUAUUGGUGUCAUGGAUGGACUCGUCAGUGUAAUGUUUUAGCAGCAACAAACUGGGCAAAUGGGAGAAUAUCAAUCACUGAUAACAAAGCACAAGGAAUAUUUCUUGUUACAAUGAAGAACCUUCAAUGGGGUGAAGCAGGAUGGUACAGCUGUGGGAUUGACGCUCCAGGACUUGACCCACUGUUUAAUGUACAGCUGCACAUCUCAGAAGAAGCUGUCUCUACUCCCAAACUUCAGUUUUUGUCACAACCAAAUGUCUCAUGUUCUGGGGGCUCGGUCACCAUCUCCUGUGAAUCUGCCCGGGGAUCCCUCCCCAUUCAUUACACAUGGUAUGAGAGCUCAUCUCAAAACUCAAAGAUCUCUGGCACCAAUAAACUGGAUCUACAUUGUCAAUCUUUCACACAGCAACAUCAUCAGUAUUACUGCACAGCCUCAAAUACUCAGGGAACAAAAUCCAGUGAAAUUGUUCGUGUGUCAGUCAACAAUGUAACAGAGAAGAACUGCAGUUACACAGUGAAAAUCAACAGGAUUGUUUCAGGUGCUUUAUGGGCAGAGAGAUCCUUGACGGGAAUUUUGGGAAGAGCGAUCAUAAUACAUUGCCGCUACGAAGCACAGCGGUACCAGUCACACAUUAAAUAUUGGUGUCACGGAUGGACUCGUCAGUGUAAUGUUAUAGCAGCAACAAACUGGGCAAAUGGGAGAAUAUCAAUCACUGAUAACAAAGCACAAGGAUUAUUUCUUGUUACAAUGAAGAACCUUCAAUGGGGAGAUGCAGGAUGGUACAGCUGUGGGAUUGACGCUCCAGGACUUGACCCACUGUUUAAUGUACAGCUGCACAUCUCAGAAGAAGCUGUCUCUACUCCCAAACUUCAGUUUUUGUCACAACCAAAUGUCUCAUGUUCUGGGGGCUCGGUCACCAUCUCCUGUGAAUCUGCCCGGGGAUCCCUCCCCAUUCUUUACACAUGGUAUGAGAGCUCAUCUCAAAACUCAAAGAUCUCUGGCACCAAUAAACUGGAUCUACAUUGUCAAUCCUUCACACAGCAACAUCAUCAGUAUUACUGCACAGCCUCAAAUACUCAGGGAACAAAAUCCAGUGAAAUUGUUCGUGUGUCAGUCAACAAUGUAACAGAGAAGAACUGCAGUUACACAGUGAAAAUCAGCAGGAUUGGUCAAAGAUAUAUUUGUGACAUUUCAUCUACAAUAUCACCGACUACUGCACAUUCCUAUGACAAAAACUCUGAAAGUUACGUUGUCUGGAAUGUGAUACGCUGGAUGGUCUUCGCUCUCCUGGUGAUUUGUUCUGUUUCUGUCACAAAGAAUGUGAGAAAACAUGUGUAUGAAUGGCGUCUUCAGAAUCUCGCUACUGAGUUGAGACCAUCUUAUUUCCAUGUAUUUGUGCUUCGUUAUGAGCCCAACCCUCACCACGUUUUCACCAUUUCCAAUUGUUCUCUUCCACCCGGGAAAUACACAGUGCAAAUUCCCAAUAUGUUAUUCACAGCAGCUUACUGGCAGAGCCCUGUCAUUGGAAGCCGCGGCCUGCCGGACUCUGGGAGCUGCAUUGCAUUGUACCACAGAGUUCAAAGUUGGCAACUUGUCACGGUGGGAGGCACUGAGCAGGAAGGGAGUGGGCAUCUCACUCUAUGGCACAAUGCCAAAUUACAUUUGGAUGAGGUUAUACAGCUCGGACAUUCUCACGGUGUUAUGACAGCGACAACAGUUGCCCUGAAUUUUCUUGCCAAUUUUCAAGGACCAACUGGACAGCUGUAUGGCACCUCCAACUCUGACACACAAAUGCAGACCAGCUGUCUCUGCUGCCGUUUUCUCCAGAUCGCAUCUGUUCAUAUGUUUCCCCGAGCUGUGACACAGAUACUGAUCUUUGUGAAUAAAACAAUGUGGACUUUGAUUCUUCUGAUUUGUUCCAUUCCCGUUUCAGAUGCUUUAUGGGCAGAGAGAUCCUUGACGGGAAUUUUGGGAAGAGCGAUCACAAUACAUUGCCACUAUGAAGCACAGUGGUACCAGUCACACAUUAAAUAUUGGUGUCACGGAUGGACUCGUCAGUGUAAUGUUAUAGCAGCAACAAACUGGGCAAAUGGGAGAAUAUCAAUCACUGAUAACAAAGCACAAGGAAUAUUUCUUGUUACAAUGAAGAACCUUCAAUGGGGAGAUGCAGGAUGGUACAGCUGUGGGAUUGACGCUCCAGGACUUGACCCAAUGUUUUAUGUACAGCUGCACAUCUCAGAAGAAGCUGUCUCUACUCCCAAACUUCAGUUUUUGUCACAACCAAAUGUCUCAUGUUCUGAGGGCUCGGUCACCAUCUCCUGUGAAUCUGCCCGGGGAUCCCUCCCCAUUCAUUACACAUGGUAUGAGAGCUCAUCUCAAAACUCAAAGAUCUCUGGCACCAAUAAACUGGAUCUACAUUGUCAAUCCUUCACACAGCAACAUCAUCAGUAUUACUGCACAGCCUCAAAUACUCAGGGAACAAAAUCCAGUGAAAUUGUUCGUGUGUCAGUCAACAAUGUAACAGAGAAGAACUGCAGUUACACUGUGAAAAUCAAGAGCACCGUUUCAGAUGCUUUAUGGGCAGAGAGAUCCUUGACGGGAAUUUUGGGAAGAGCGAUCACAAUACAUUGCCACUAUGAAGCACAGUGGUACCAGUCACACAUUAAAUAUUGGUGUCACGGAUGGACUCGUCAGUGUAAUGUUAUAGCAGCAACAAACUGGGCAAAUGGGAGAAUAUCAAUCACUGAUAACAAAGCACAAGGAAUAUUUCUUGUUACAAUGAAGAACCUUCAAUGGGGAGAUGCAGGAUGGUACAGCUGUGGGAUUGACGCUCCAGGACUUGACCCAAUGUUUUAUGUACAGCUGCACAUCUCAGAAGAAGCUGUCUCUACUCCUAAACUUCAGUUUUUGUCACAACCAAAUGUCUCAUGUUCUGGGGGCUCGGUCACCAUCUCCUGUGAAUCUGCCCGGGGAUCCCUCCCCAUUCAUUACACAUGGUAUGAGAGCUCAUCUCAAAACUCAAAGAUCUCUGGCACCAAUAAACUGGAUCUACAUUGUCAAUCCUUCACACAGCAACAUCAUCAGUAUUACUGCACAGCCUCAAAUACUCAGGGAACAAAAUCCAGUGAAAUUGUUCAUGUGUCAGUCAACAAUGUAACAGAGAAGAACUGCAGUUACACUGUGAAAAUCAAGAGCACCGAACAGAGAUAUAUUUGUAACAUUUCUUCAACAAUACCACCAACGACUACAUAUUCCCCAAAUGCAAAUCGAAUUUCUUCUCCCAGUCAAACUCCAACCUCAGCAGACAAUCUGUCUGAAAGUCUGAUUUACAUUGUACUCGGUGUGCUGGGGGCCAUUCUGGUUGUUUUUGCUGUGUCUCUAUUUUUGUACCUGAGGCAAAUGGACAAGGGUAUAUUCUGCAUCAUGCAUCAACAAAGAGAUAAGACUUUUAAUGAUGACCUGGAAUUGGCAUCAGUGGAAAAGAACAUGGUAUACGCAAACAUAAACCACAUUCAAACGAACACAGCAAACAGACAGAGAGAGAGAAGGGACAAUCUGAAAAAUGAUGAAAUCAUGUAUUCAGCAUUGGAAUUUCAAAAGAAAUCUUCAUCAGUGAGAGGUGGGCUGGCAAGGCACACAGUUGACAACUCAAACAGUGUCAUCUACAGUGACCUCAAUUUACCAAACCAGCCACUAAAGGGGAAUAAGAAAGCCCCACGACUCAUUCCUGCUCAGGGAUCUGAAACGGCAGUUUAUGCUGAUAUUGGAAUUUAGGAAAAACAUGAUGAGAUGUUUGUACUGCUCAUUGUUUCUUCUUACUUUGCAAUGCAGUUAUUUUAAAUUUCAUCUAUUGUCAGCUUCCCGCAAAUUUAGUUUGUCCAGCUCCUUCAGAUUUGUUCCCUACAAUUCCAUACUCCUUCCAGUUUGUUUUCCUCAGCAAAUGGAAUCAAUUUACCUUCAGUUCCUGAGUCCAGGUCACUCAUAUAAAUUAGGAAGAGUAGAAUACCAAGGUGUUUGGCAACACAAUCAGUCCCCAUUUCCCCUUUUCCCCUAACUCCACCUUCUGAUCACAGAUUCCAGGUUCAAACCCCGCUCCUAGAGCUCAGUUCAAAAACCAAGCUUCAGACCCAACAUGGUUCGGUUGGAUACUAAUAAUCGUGUGUAAAAAACCAAACUUGAAAAGGGAACAUCAAUUUUUACAGCACAAGAAGGGGGUGCCAAUUUGUUUGGAUCGUGGCUGACAUGGAGAUGCAGCAGGGACUGUUAACCAUCAAUUUAGCUGAUUAAACUCAGACCAGGCAAGCAUGCUCUGACUAAUUAAGUGAAUUAAUUAAUGAAUAGCAGUUUGCAAGAUCCUCUCUCUGAGAUGUCAGGAUAUAUUCAUUUAAUGCAGAAGGGGCCCAGUGUGGGAAUGUGUGUGGCUUCUAGCAUGCACAAAUGAAUUACCCUGCAAGCCCAAUGGAUCAUCUGACAUUGGUUUCUGAGCACAAACAGAACUCUUCAAUAAACAUUGUUCAAUAGCAGAAUCAUGUCUGAUGUUGGAUGUGGCAGUCUGGGAUUACAGUAUGGGCCAGUUAACGUGAUUGGCUCACUCCUGACCUGCAGUGUUGUCUGAUAUCAUCAGCCAAAUGUUCAGAUGUACAGUCCAUACACUCGGCAUCACACCGACAUUAAAGAUAAUAUUCCACAGUAUUACAGGAUUAUGAGAAUUGGGAAAUUGAACUGUUUGGACAUUAUUGGAGUGAAGAGGGAUCUUAGAAGUGAUUUCUUGAAAAAUAUGAAAAGUCAAGGCAAACUUUUUUUUACUGUGUACUGGAAAAGUUAAUAAUUUUGCGAAAUAUACAACUUAAAGCUUUUAAAAGAGGUAAAAUAUUGUACUUAUGGCCUAAAUGAUUUAACAAACUUAAAGAGAAAUCCUCAGGCCUAUGCUGUUGUCCUGAUUCAUCCUAUCCAAAAAACCUCUGCUCAGCUGUGGUAUCUUAUGC